CUGUGAGCCACCUAACACAAGUAGCGCAGCUCUUGUUUAGGCACAUAGUUAUAAUAGAUGUGACUUCUAUAAGGCGCAUAUUCACCCUGUGUAUGAUACUAUACAGUCGAUAUAGUAGCAGAUAACCACGUCCAAUGGCGGAAAGCGACCGCCCGCAGGAUGAACAAACCGUGACCAUCCUGCUUCUAGGAGACCCAGGAUGCGGGAAAUCGACUUUUCUUUCAAGCUUGAAAUCCAACCUUCGCAGACCACCCCAAGGACACAGAUUCCGUCCUGCAAAUAUUCAAGAAGGCCUUCUACGGGACAGUGACCAGCCGUUUCUCUAUGAUAUUCGCUUCUCAAAGAAGUCAUUCACCAUCGAAGCGUACGACACAGCGAGUCCCAAUCAACAUUGGUCUACCUUGCAGCCGGAUGUUGUCCUUCUAGCGUUUGAUAUUUCGAAUAGAGAAACCCUAGCUAAUCUUCGGGCUUGGCGAAAUGACAUAACCAGAUACUUUCAAUACGGGCAAGGAGAGCGCAUUCCCAUCAUGAUGGUUGGGUUGAAGAGAGACCUGAGAGUGGAAUGCGAGGAAAUAAUCUAUCCCCAAGAGUCGUAUCGGAUUGCGCAAGAGCUCCGUUGUGACCGAUAUGCGGAGUGCUCUGCUGUCACUGGAGAACUUCUAGCGGAGACGUUCGAAGAUAUUGCCCGGCUCGCAGGAAUGACGACCACUAAUGCUGGAGGCCAAACUGCUGGAGCCUGUGUUAUUCUGUGAUGCAUUGGAUGCCCCAUUUGAUAUUAUGCUUGGCUUGAUAAAGGGUGAUCUUCCUAAGCCCUUGGCGUCCCAUAGUCAUUGCUCAUGGGCUCGUUCGACAAUUAAACUUGGGAAUUAUAACUGCCGAAUUUCGAUGCGAUGGUCGUGGUACAAUCGUCCAAAGCACUACCGCUACCCCAGGUGGUC